CCAGCAAGUGUUAUGGUAAUUAACUAUUUAUGGUUCAAUGAGAGACGAAGAGUUUGUGGUAAUGGAAAUCCAACAUCCCAACCCAAACCCCAACCCCAACUCCAUUUCGGAUUCCAAAUUUUCACCUCCGCCAUCAAAUGCAGCGUCAUCGUCCCCGACCCGAUCCCUGCUUGGGAGCAAUAACAACACCACCGCCGCUUUCAUCCCAACUAAUGCUGAUGCUGCUGCUGCUGCUGCUUCUUCUGGGCCUCACCAUCGGAGGGCCCACUCCGAAUUGAGUUUUCGUUUGCCUGACGAUAUGUCCAUUAUAAUGAUGGAUCUAUCUUCACCUUCCGAUCAGAUCAAAGGAGGCGGCGGCGGCGGAGGUGCUUCCUCAACAGCCAGCCUCGAUGAGAUCGGAUCCGAAGAUGAUCUUUUCUCCACCUACAUUGACGUCGACAAAAUCAAUGCUUCGGGUCCUGCCACAACUGGAAGGAGCGGAGAUGGAAGGGGACGGAAUUGUACGGAUCACAAUGACGGGGACAGGAUGACGUCAUCGACGACCACGACGUCGUCCACGCCCAGGCAUAAGCAUAGGCAUAGUAAUUCCGUGGACGGAAGCGUAUAUGGAGAGACAAUGGAGGCCAAGAAGUCUAUGCCUCCUGAUAAGCUAGCACAGCUGUGGACUAUUGAUCCUAAGCGAGCCAAAAGGAUAUUAGCAAAUCGUCAGUCAGCAGCUCGCUCAAAAGAGAGGAAGGCCCACUAUAUCUUAGAACUUGAGCGUAAAGUUCAGACCCUGCAAACAGAGGCAACCACUCUUUCUGCUCAGCUAUCACUAUUUCAGAGGGAUAUAACAGGCUUGACAACUGAGAACACAGAGCUUAAGAUUCGGUUGCAAGCUAUGGAGCAACAAGCUCAGCUGCGUGAUGCUCUGAAUGAAGCACUGAAGAAGGAAGUUGAGAGGCUGAAGAUUGCCACUGGGGAAAUAAUGAGCCCCUCUGAGUCAUUUAACUUGGUUAUGCACCACAUGCCAUUCACCCAUUCACCCCUUGUUCCAAUUCCACAGCAAGGAGGGCCUGGAGGGCCCCAAAACAUGCAGAUGCCACCAUUCUCUCAUCCUCCGUCUAGCAUUUCAACUCAACAUCUACAUCAAAUGAAUCCACAUCCUCUCUCUGAUAUCAUGCAAAAUGAUCCGCUUGGCCAAUUGCGAGGGCUUGACAUCAGCGGUAAAGAAUCAAAUCUUGUGAAAUCUGAAGGCCCUUCAGUGUCUGCUAGCGAAAGCAGUACCACAUUUUGAUAGCAAUUGGCUGCUGACUUGUUUAUGGCAUGCUUGUGUGAUAGAUUGUUCAUACGCUGAUACCCACCCUGUUAGUUAGGCUGACUUAUUUUUUUCCCUCAAUAACAAUCUAUUUGUUGGGUGAGUUAUUACUAUACUUUAAAUAAUUAAUGUGGCACUUUUAAAAGGAGCUGCUUUAGGCGCUAGGCAAGUGGAAGUAACAAUCAAUGGCAUUGGUGAAAGGGCUGGAAAUGCUUCACUAGAGGAGGUAAGUAUUUGGUUUUUGCAUGAUGAGAGAAUGAAUUUGUGUUAUGCAAAAUUGUUAAAACGUGAUUAAUGUAAAUAAAUUUAAAUUGCAUAA